AUGGGUGUUGCCCCGAAAGACUUUGAAAUGCUCGAACGGAAGCCGACUAUCAAAAGUGAGUUGAUAAUAGAUAAACUGAAAUGUGCAAUGCUCUCAUUCAAGGGGAUAGUCUGGUUGUUCCGGAUAAUGAGGACACGACAAACUGGCGCCUGAUCGUUGUGGCUGGAAUCGUUUCCGCGUUGAAUGCCGUCGAGAAUUCCGUCACCGCCAUCGGAGAGUGGCCGUACAUGAAAGAAGUGAGUCAUCCAUCCGGAUAAUUGGAGGUGCAUAAUUGAGUUUGUGUUCAGAUUGACAGCGAGGCGACGGCACAGUUUUUCGGAUUCGCAACAUCAGCAUCCAAGUGCGCACAUGCCCUGUUUGCGCUCGUUUUCUCCGUCUGGAGUUACAGAACACAAUCAGUCAAGUUGGUUGAGAAGUAUGGAAGAGAAGACGUGAAAGAACGGUGUUCAGAAUUCCACUGAUGGCCAGCAGACUCAUUGCAGUGGCGGCGUGCUGUGUCUACCUGAGCAUUGAAUACGUUCCCGACGGCAAACGAUACGUGCUGAUGCUUGUGUACAUUUUACUCGGAGUUGCAAACAGUUCGUGGAUUUCCAAAGAUUCCGCUGACCGCAGUUCAUUUUCAGGCGCAUGCACGGUCCUUCGUGGCUACAUCGCAAUGUGUUCUUCGGUCCAGGACCGUCCGCGUGCCUUCGCAGUCAUCGGUCUCUCGAUUGUGGUCUCGCUGGUCAUCGGACCCACUCUCCAACUCAUCUUCAGCAGCAUUUCCUACCCUGGAUACGAGAUCAUGCCCGGAAUCAGAUUCCACAUCUACUCGGCUCCCAUCUGGUUCUCCUUCUUUCUUUCCAUUUUCACCGCCGUCCUCAUCGGACUCUACAUGCAAGACAUUCGCAGAGAGACGAACGACGAGAUGCUCGGAGAGGAGAACUGUCGACCGCUGUUCUCGUUGGAACAAUUGAAGGAGGCGUUUGCGAAACUGAAGAGGAGCAACAUGGACUGGCCUUUAAUCGUAAUCUGUCUCUUUGUGAAGAUCGCCGCCACGUUCUCCCAUGCCACCAUGCAAUCGUAACACUUUACAGUUUUUCGUGGUUUUCACCCGCUUCUUUCAGAAUCAUGUCUAUCCUCUUCAUGGUUCAGUACGGAUGGACGGGAACGGAGACCGUCCGGAUGGGAUCCGUUCUGAUGGUCAGCUUCGGAGUCCUCUCAUUCUCCGUCCUCCUCCUCUACAUCUUCUGCCAUCUCGGAAAAGUGUAAGUGUGCUGAUAUCAACCAAACAAAGAGCUCGCUCUGCUUUUCAGUCUUCCCCAGGAGAAAGUCUACCUCGUCUGUACAAUCCUCUCCGGUCUCGUCUUCGUCAUUACCUAUCCGUUCGAAUUCAGCAGCGAACCGGUCGUUUUGUACAAUGAAACCACGCACGCAGGCUGCAGUUUGGACGAAUACUCGUGGUGUGACACUGCGAGAGCCGUCAAUCCGUACUUCUUCAUGGCCGUCAUCAUCAUCGUCUCCGCUCCUUCGAUUCCGAUGAUGCACACCGCUCUCGACACUGUCUACUCGAGAGUUCUCGGCAAAGUGGAUCAGAGCAUUGCGCAAGGAGCCAUGACUGUCGUCGACGACAUUGUCUUCAUGAUCACCCCCGUCUUCACGACGUAAUCAAUCACACUUCCUCCCUUUCUAAAAUCUCUUUUUGCAGGACAAUGUUCACACUGCUCGGAGUCGGUCCUCUCUGGAUCAUCAAGGCUUGCGUCUUCUUCGCAAUCGCAUUCGUCUGGUUUUUGAAUCUGAAGAAAAUUGCCGUUCACAUGUAUUAA